UAAGAAAAAGCUACGAGUGACUCUUGCGAAAUAUAAAAUGUGCUCAGCAACACGCUGCUUUUUGUGCGGAGUUUAACCCACAUUGCGACGCAGGAGGUUCAGAACUACUUAACUGGAACCGUCCAACUUCAAGUGGGCUUUAUGCUUGUUGAAGCUUCGGAGCCUAGUUAUCUUGGUUUAGCUUAGCUUAGCUUAGCUUUGCUUCCGAACAGAAAAACGUGGUUCGUCGCUUGAACAUCAAGUUGGAGCCUCCUAAAGUGUGCAAAAUGCGAGCAAGAAGGACGCCAGCCGAAAAGUUAGAGGCGGAACUUUGUGGUGCGAAAGAUCAGCAACAACAUCAACUAUCGAAUGCUUGCAAAAUGCAAGUAAAAGUUGUUCUUCGCAGGCUACCAGAUCUAUAUGUCAGCCAAGACCAUCGUCCUGAGCACCAAGAGUCUGCAUGCAUCAAAGAGGAGGAAGAGUCCAGACCCAUCCAAGGUUUCAGCAAAUAUCUUGGUCCUGAUACACAACAGCUAAAGAGAGAAGUACAACAUCCAAUCAAAAAGGAGGAGGUAGCGCUGCCAUACGUUAAAGAGGAGGAUGAUAUCACCAUGUCGAGUGGUGAGCCCUCGAAUGGCGAGGAUGGUCCGAGUGAGGUUAGCAGAGGGACUGAGCCUCAAAGCGGCAGCAGCAGCUCAACAAAAGGACACAUUUUCAUUGCACCAUCAGAUAGAAAAGGCACCACGUCACAUUCCCCUUUCAAAGAUGGUGGUCAGAAGAAAUCUCACGGUGACGGCCAACUCUGCAAAUGCUCUCAGUGUGGGAAAACCUUUCCUAAUAACUAUGCUUGUCGUAAGCAUAUGAGGAGCCACACUGACGAAGAACCUUUUGUCUGCUCAGUUUGUGCGCUGAUUGUCGGAUUCCACGCCUGCCUCAGUUCUGAGCCCCCUCUUCGCCCCGGCUAGACUACUCCAACCCGCCUUCUGCCUUGGCUCUCAUGUCAUCAACUAUCUUGUGUUCACCACUAAAAUAUCAUUCAUCUCAACCAGCUGACUGCUUGGGGAUCCACCCCCGAUCCCCCCCCCAUGCUCAUGCACCUCUAACAUCCUUAAACAAGGUGGUUGUGGUCAACUCAUCUAAUCAGUGGUUUAAUUGACGGGAGAACUCUUAGGAGCGAAGUGUCCUUUCCCAAGGCCUUGCUUCUGAGGACCGCAUCGCUGUGGCCAGCUCACAGCUUCCUGCUCUACGGGAAAGGCUGGAGAAGCCUCCCUCCACAUCAGGGCCCCGGCAUGGGUUCGUCCUUCCUCCAAACAGGACGGGACAGGCUCCUAAGUUGCGGCCGGGUAGACGACCUGCUAGUGCCACUGCCGUGCGGCCCAUCGCUCCAGCAGCUCCUCCUGCUCCCCCAGCCCCUGCAUCACUCCCCCAGGUCAUUGUUCUAUACCCUGGUGCAGGUGGGACCUCAGCUGCCCGUCUGGGCUCUAAAGGCCCAAGUACACCGCAUGCGUGAUCGUUGCGUUUCCGGUCCGACUCCGGUAAAAAAUAGCGCCGGAGUCGAUCCGUUCCCAUUAUAUCCUAUUGUUCAACGUAUACCGGCCGCGUCAGUGCUCCGGCUUGACUGCGAACCACCUCCGGCGUGCCGCAUGCCCGCCGGAUGGUAUAGGCUAUUUUCUAUUUUUGCCGGACAUGCAUCCGGCAAAAUGGGCGGAGCUGGGCCUGGACGUAACAACCCAGGUGCCUAAUCACGCUUUAAACACGAGCGAAGAUGGAUGAUGAGCGCUUCAUCAUGGAGGUGGAAACCCACAAAAUCAUUUAUGAUGCAGCAGAUCGUUACUAUAAGGACACCAUUAAAAGCGAAACUGCAAAGUGUCCUAUUAUGUGUGUUUUUCUGGCAAUGAUAUCAAACACGACGUGCUAAGCAAAAAAAAAAAAAAAAAGAGCGUAUCUGGAAGUGGUUCCACUGCAGAAAUUCUCGUGCCCCCGCGCACAAACAAUCUCGGUUUGUAUACAGAGUCGAGGGGGAAAAGUACGAAAGAGAAAAAAGAGACACCCACAAGUUUCGACCUGGUGGUCUAUUCAAGACAUUUCUCUUUCUUUCCUACAUUUCACUUGACUCUUCAUAGAAAAAACAACAGUUUGCGCUGGCCACAUGAAUCUGCAGUGUUGAGACACCAAUUCCAAGUACGCUGUUUUUUAGUUCGUGUCGAAUAUAAUUCGCUAUCCAUUUUAUAAAUAUGACAGAUUAUUUAUCAGUUGUUUAUAACAGCUCUAUGAGAUGUUAUGUGCCAUAAAUUUUAAAUGUGCACAAAGAUAUAAACGCACCGACACAACCAAGGGCAUAAUAGCCCCCCUUCCCUCCACACACGGAGUCCUGAUCUCAACAUGAUGCAGUCAAUCUGGAAUUAAGAGACAGACACAACUAAAAUAUUGUAGCGUCGCCGGGGCUGUCAUCGGUGGGUUAAUUUAUUUACCAACGCGGGGCUGUCAUUGGUGUGCUGGUGCACCAGCGCGAUGCUCCGAUUGGUGGACUAGAUAGCGUCAGUGUAAAUACAGUGGGGAGAACAAGUAUUUGAUACACUGACAAUGGCAGUGUAUCAAAUACUUGUUCUCCCCACUGUAGUUGUUGUUUUUGCAUUGGUGAGGUGGCGGGAAGUUAAUAAAGAAAAAGAGGAAAAAGGCGUUGAAGCUCGUGUGUUGUUUUCGCGGCCAAACUUCCGCUUAGCAAACGUUACAUUAUCAAUAUGCAAGGAAAAAAAUGUGCUCUCUCUCUGCUUUUCUGAUGAGUACAUACUACAGACUCCGUGUGUUUGUCGUUGAUUUAAAUGGCACAUUAUCGCGCGCGAUCACGCGAGAGCUCACGAGGGGACGGAGUUGGCGGACCGCAGCCGUGCAGCAGCCGGUAUGAUUUGCCUGUUUUUGACGGACUGCGUGACACGCAGGCAACACUGAACCGGACCGGAACCGCAACGAUCACGCAUGCAGUGUACUUGGGCCUUUACUCCUGUUGCCCCAGUGGCAGGCCAAAACUAAAGAGUUUGAAUAAACUGUAAAUAUGUGAGCCCAUUUAUCCCACGAAAAUGUAAAUUCUAUUACCCUUUUCCUGUGUAUAUAUUAUGUCAUAUUCAAUUUUAUAUGACUAAGUACUGCAUUAUAUUUGUAUGUUAUUUGCAUGUUUUUAUUUACCCAAAUUUAAUAGUGUCUUCAUUAAGGUGCGUUAUGUCCUGCAUAUCGUUUUGUAAAUAAAUACUGACUCACUGAUUCUUUGUGCUAAACAUAUUUGUUAAGUAAUAUUAAGUAGUACUGGGUAUUAAAGUAAACAUGAAAUUGUAAUCUAUGACUAUAUGUCAUUUAAAGAGGAAAAUUUAGACUGCAUUUUGUACUGCUACUUCACUAGGCCCAGUACUUAUUAUACCAUUUAUAAACUAUACAUAUUGACAAAUGAAAAUAGGUUAAGGAAUGAAGUUGUCCGGAUCGUGUAAUUGUGGGCAAUAUUCAAUGCCUUUAUUGUCAACUGCUGCUACUUCACUUCAACUAUUUGCACUGCCUGAACAUAGGACUACCUCCUACAUAUUUUAUAUUUAUUUAGAUUUUAUACUUUAUUCUUGCAAGCCACUUUCGAGAUUUUUUUUUCUUGUCCUGCACUGUAAAGGGAGAUUUCAUUGUA